AUGGAGGUUCAGAGAGUCUCUAGGAGAGAUGAGCGUAAGUGGGAAGGGGAAGCAUCAAGCUGGAAAGGUACUGGAAAUCGCAGGAGCCCUACUUUGGCUAUUAGGAGAGAUAGGAGGGAAUGGCGUGAGAAGAGCAUGAGUACACAUACUACUGCUGAGCAACAAUAUGACAGAAGGAACAGUCUCCGGGAUAACCUUGCGACGGAGGAAAACAACUUUACUCGCGUGAGCCAUAACGAGGAGCCACGGAGUCACACUCGGGAGAGGGAUUCACGAGGUCAGGCCGGUGCUGCACGGUCUGAGACGGAUGAUGCUUCGCCUAAUCACUUGGAAUCUCGUGGAGGUCCUUAUGACCAGGUGAAAGCACGGGAUAAGAGUACUUUGGAGAGUAUUGUGGAGAGUCACCAUGUUGAGUCCCCGGCGGUAUUGGUGAAUCCACAGAAGAAACGGCUUGCCAGCAAGAUCACAUCUCCAAACAUGCAGGAUAAUCUGAACCUGAGGAUGAGGAUGCCCGAGUCAUUGACGCUUUAUCUGAGAUGGGGCCUUUACCACAUGAGGAUGAAAGAUCGAAUGGAGACGGAUUAUGAUCUCUUUGAUGACGAACUCUUGGACUUAGAGGCACCAGUACCACAACCUUCCUCACGCCAAACUGAGACGGGUGGUACCUCAAAAAGCUUGAAGGGAGUAAAGCAUGGGAACAGGCGUACACCUAGGAAGAAAGAGGUCCUUCGUCGGGGAUCUCCACGUCUACGAGGUCUAAGCUCUACUUCUCAGAAGUACACUGGUGGAAAGGCUAAACCAAAACACCAUAUCCAUAAUGCUAGGGAGG